AUGUCGACAGGCAAUCCUGCUCCUUCGCCGGCCCCGGUGGCUGUCCGCACGCGCCUCGUCUCGAUGGCGCAGCUGGCCAAGCACAACCACGAGAAGUCAGUCUGGGUCGCCCGCCACGGCAAAGUCUACGAUGUCACCGACUUCACGCCUGACCAUCCUGGUGGAGAUGAUCUCGUGAUGCGCUAUGCGGGCAAGGACAUGGGCGACAUUAUGGACGACGUGAUUGAGCAUGCCCACUCUGACUCGGCCUACGAGUUGCUCGAGGAGCAUUACAUCGGGCGAUUGCCCAUCACCGCUGAGGAGGAAGCAGCAUACGACACCAUCGUCAUCACCGACGACUUUGUCCCGCCUGACUCGGAUGUCAAGGCAGACUUCCAGAAGCACGCUUUCCUCGACUUGUCGCAGCCUUUGAUCAUGCAGGUGUGGAGGGCAAAGUUCUCAAAGGAGUUCUACUUGCAGCAGGUCCACUCUCCCAGGCAUCUCAAGGAGCCGGCUAGAUUGUUUGGGCCUGACUACCUCGAGAUGUUCACUCGUACACCGUGGUACGUCGUCCCUAUGAUCUGGCUCCCCAUCGCCGCCUCUCUUUUCUACCGCUCAGCGCAGCAAUUCACGUUGCUUGAGCAAGGCAAGGCAGAGCUCGUUCCCCUCAACACACCCGUCACCUUCAGCCCAGCCGCCACAGCAACUACUACAGCCUGCUUUGCGCUCGGCGUCUUCAUCUGGACGCUCCUCGAGUACACCCUGCAUCGCUUCCUCUUCCACGUCGACGAGUUCCUCCCCGACGCUGGUCCAUUCCUUACCCUGCACUUCCUCCUGCACGGCAUCCACCACUACCUGCCCAUGGACCGCCUUCGCCUCGUCAUGCCGCCACUCCUCUUCUUUGUCCUCUCCUUCCCCUUCACGAGGCUGGCCUACCUCAUCUUCCCGACGGCAGCCUUUGCCAACGGCGUCAUCGCGGGGGCUUUUGCGAUGUACGUGUGCUACGACUGUAUGCACUAUGCGCUACACCACACCAAGCUGCCGGCCUACAUGAGGGAGAUGAAGAAGUAUCACUUGCUUCAUCACUACGGCAACUUCGAGCUUGGCUUCGGUGUCACAUCGAAGGUUUGGGACUACGUCUUUGGGACCAUGCUUGCGUCACGAUCAUAG